AAGACAGCCGAACAAUACCAGUACCGAGUGCUUAUAUUAACCUCCAGCGCUAACUAACUGAAGCGUCUUUCUUUUAAAAUAGUUUCCAUACCGUCGGCACCUGCUACACUUGCGCUCCCCGUGUUUUUUGUGUGUGUUUUUUAAAGACUUUAACUCGCCGUGCUCAAAUUUUCGGCAGAAUAAAUAACGGAGAAAUAAAGCCAAAAUAACGGACAUGGUUUGGGUGAAAUGUACGGUUAUUCCUACUGUCUUCUGAGGAGGGUGUCCAACACAGAGCUGUAGUUUCUCUUCAAGAGGCAAGGAAUGCAAUCUGAGCAUCAAUGUUUCACUGGGGCAAGUGGAAGAAGAGGAUGGGAGCCAAUAGUUCUUCAAAGAGACCAGUCUUCGAUGAAAAGGAAGAUGUGAACUUUGACCACUUCCAGAUAUUGCGGGCCAUUGGGAAAGGGAGCUUUGGAAAGGUAUGCAUUGUGCAAAAGAGAGACACAGAGAAGAUGUACGCCAUGAAGUACAUGAACAAACAGCAGUGCAUUGAGAGAGAUGAGGUCCGAAACGUCUUUAGAGAACUUGAGAUCCUACAGGAAAUUGAACAUGUUUUUUUAGUAAAUCUCUGGUACUCGUUUCAGGAUGAGGAGGACAUGUUCAUGGUGGUAGACCUCCUGCUGGGAGGAGACCUUCGCUAUCACCUGCAGCAGAGCGUCCAGUUCAGCGAGGACGCUGUCAAACUCUACCUCUGUGAGAUGACACUGGCACUGGACUACCUGCAGAGCCAGCACAUCAUCCAUAGAGAUGUCAAGCCAGACAAUAUCCUGUUGGAUGAGCAAGGUCAUGCUCACUUGACGGAUUUCAAUAUUGCAACAAUAAUAAAGGAUGGAGAGAGAGCCACAGCCUUAGCUGGAACCAAGCCCUACAUGGCCCCGGAGAUCUUCCAGUCCUUUGUAAGUGGAGGAACGGGCUACGCCUUUGAAGUAGACUGGUGGUCACUAGGGGUGACAAUCUUCGAAGUGCUGCGUGGAUGGAGGCCCUAUGAUAUCCAUGCCAGUAACUCAGUUGAGUCCCUGAUUCAGCUCUUCAGCACAGUCAGUGUGCAGUACAGCCCAGCCUGGCCUAAGGACCUGGUUUCCCUCUUGAGGAAGCUCCUGACAGUGAACCCAGAGCAUCGUUUCUCCAGCGUGUCUGACAUGCAGACAUCUCCCUACCUCGCUGACGUCAACUGGGACGCUGUAUAUGAGAAGAAGAUGGAGGCUGGAUUUGUUCCUAAUAAAGGUCGCCUCCACUGCGACCCCACCUUUGAGCUUGAAGAGAUGAUACUGGAGUCGCGUCCACUUCACAAGAAGAAAAAGAGGCUGGCCAAGAACCGGUCUCGAGACAACAGCAAGGAUUCGCAGUCUGAGAAUGACUACCUACAGGAGUGCCUUGAAGUGGUGCAGCAAGAGUUCAUGAUCUUCAACCGUGAGAGGUUGAAAAAGCGUCAGGAGGAGGGUCAGUCAGAGGCCGGGGGCGACGGUGCCAGUGGAGAUGGGGACAGAGAGGCCGAAGCCGGGGCCACCGAUGAUGACGCACCCCAGCCAGAACCGGAAUCUGGUCCUGAGCCGGAGCCCGAGUCCUCCGCCAAGCUGAGCAUGUGCGGUUCGGUCUGCUCCUCCCCCGGCAGCUGCUAGCAACAUGUCGCCUCACAGUGACGAUGGCAGGUCUCUGUGGCUGCUGCAGUGUUUCUGCCAUGCCAGAUAGAUACGUUCCCACCUCUCUCCUCUAUUGUAGGUAGGAGUGGAAGAAACGCACAGCAGGACAACUUGAAGCACAGCAGGACCUAAAAUGGCUCCCACUAUUUCCCUUAUGUUUUCUUUUCUUUCUGUAGCAUCCUUCCGGCAAGGCAUGAAUGAAGCAGAUUUCCAGAGAUUCCCCACCUACUGUAUCUGACUCCCCUAGAGUAAGCUCUAACUUCUAUGCAAUGUUACAGUAUAGCAUGACCAAUAAGGUAUCACUUACUAGGAGGUCUUGUUCACGAGCAGAAGGCUCCACGAGCAUGAUGACAUCCCGAGCAAUAGCAGUCCAUGUUUUUUUUUUUUAGUCGGUGGUUUUGGUGGAGACGCCUCCCCUCUCAGCCUUCCUGUUCAAAAUCUGAUGGGGACGACUGAAUUAUUCAGCACACGCAGGCACUCAGUUUAUGUUUUUGCCUGUGUCUUCGGUUCACUCUUCCCCUCAGCCUCUUUUAUGUAACACGUGCCCUAAUUCGGAAAAAUAGUUUUUCAUCGUCUCCUGGAGCGCCUUCCUCCUGUUGCAACACCUUUCUGAGACACUUUUACAGUAAGUGUUCGUGGCUGUAUUCAGCCGGCCAAGACAGUUUGGCUGGUUUAAUUUGGUGCCUGUUGAUGAUAAUCAGUAUCUGUUAAUCACAUUGUAGCCAUGGAUGCAUUAUAGGUCAGAAUGCUAGUUUGAUUUUCCUCUUUAAGCAUUAGCCAACUAUUCUUUUUCCAAGCUUCUUUAGGAUGAUGAGGGACUGUAAUUUAUGAGAAAUCAGUGCAGCAAUCCGAAUGAAAGGUUUUGCUUCUCACUGUCUGUAAUUGCUACCAAGAUGCAGUAUUUCAGCCCUACGCCAUGCUCUGAUUCAAAGAGCAUUUAGAAACUCUGCUCUGGGGAAUAAAUACCAAUCAGCAACAAUCAUAUCCGUUAAUAAUCUAUUAGAACGCUCUGUUUGCUUCACUAGACAUCAUCAUCUCUUUAAGAGCUUGGUUAAUAUAAAGAUCAUCUCCCUGUAGAGUUGUUUUUGAGCUGUACUUAAAUGUGUAGCUGUGCCCGGUUGAUAAGAACUAGUCUAUUAAGGUCAUCGUGAUAGUGGUAUGGUUAAGGUGGCACCAUCAAUCUCAGUCUGAACACCUGGGAACCUGUAGCAAAGGUCCACCUUAAAACCCUAAGGCCUAGUAAAAUGAAAACCAUGUAAAUAGCAUACAGUGUAGGUAUUUAAACUCACCACAGUUUUAUGUGGGACUGCGAACUCAAAAUAUAAACUAAAGGAAGAGCUGUGUGAAGCUUCAUACUGCUUCAUUCUUCUCUUCUUUUCAAGUGUGCAGGCACAACUUGUAGGCAAAAUAUGCCAAAGCUUUUCUACCAUUUGCAUAACCAUUUCUAAGGAACUUUGAGUGUGUGAAUGUACUGUAUGUCUGUUUUUCCCAGUAUAACAUGAAAUCAAUGUUCCUUCUGCAAGUGAAAAAAAUACUAUCAUUUAUACAAUCAUGUUGUGAUUGUGUAUAAAGUAUAUAUUUCAGGUAAGGGGGUGACCUCAAAUUAAUACUUUUUGGGAAGUAUGCCUAUUCGCUGUCUUUACAAGAAUGAAAUGAGAAGAUUGAUACAACCACUCCAAGUAAGGAGCUGCAGCUCCAUACUUGGAGUAAAAAUCUCCUUACAAGGGCCCUUAAAGCUCAACUUUUUUUUGUGUUUACACACACAUUAACGUAAAUGACAGUUAAUUUCAGGGGAAUUUACAUGUUCUAUGUGGCAAACAACAGCCAGGAGCAGUAGAUUUCCAGAUAAAGGUUCUGGCUGGAAAAGGUGUCAUAGUUACACUAGGUCAUUUGCUCUAAACCCACAAUGAUGUGUUUAGUUUUGAGCUUAAGCAGUAUGGUAGGUGGAGACUGAACUCUGCAGACAGCCAGGUUAGCUGUUCCAGGAGACUCUCAAGGGACUGCGAGGUGGCGAUAGGUACAUGAAAGACAGAGGCAGCCAAAGGCAAUGGUAUGCUACAUUUACAUAGCGUUUUUGCUAGUUGGGCUACAUGUACUUUGAAAUCUUAUACUGCUUUGAAAACAACACUUAACAACUUUCGGCAGCCUACAUAAGUAACUUUAUCGUUUCUGGAUUGAGUGUAAUUUUCACUGUGUUACAUAGGAGGGGUGCCCAGUAAAAUACAGGCCAAAGAUCUGAUAGUGAAAAAAGCAGAGCUCCGUUACUUACUUAGUUAUUUAAGUGAGAUGACACAAACUGAAUGAAUUUAAUAAUCGGUUCACAGUAUAGUGUAGCCGUUUUACAUUUUUAUAAAGAAAACUCAAGAACAUUAACAAUUAUACAGCAAAUGGUGAUCUAUAUUGUACAUUGUAAAACUGUAGGAAUAAACUGACAUUUUAAGAGUGGCUUGUUCACUGUCUUAAUGGUAGUUUGAUGGAGG